GGAGGUGACUUGAUGUCAUCCUGAGCAGCUGGGCGGCGGGUGCUGGAGCGCGCAUAGCCCGGGCUCCCUCUGCGCCGCGCUGCGCCGCGCGGGGUCCGAGUCCCCGACGUCCGCGGAGGCGCGUGCCGAUCAGACCACCCGGAGCCCGUCUUGCGCCCGGCCCCGAACCGGGGCUGAGUUAGGGGCAUGCCCCUGCCCCCCCGGAGCCCGCGAGGGAACCCAGGAGCGCCGCCGCCCAGCCCCAGCGCCCCGAGCGGCCGGACUGCUGCGGAGGAGCCCUAAACCUCCGCCCCCUCCCCGCGAGCCGCCCUGGGGGUCGGAGACCCAAAGUCUGGGUUUCUGAGAAAGCCGGAGUGGGAAUCUGGAUUGCACUCUUCUGGAACCCGAGGAAGGACCCAAGGCCUGAGCCAUCUCCUUUCCAAGCUGCCUGCCCCCCAGGACUGGGCAGUUGCCGAAGGCCCUGGGGGGGGGGCCCAGGACUGUGUUUGUGCCCCCCCCCAACGACAGGAUGGGCCCAAGUUAGUCCACCCAGCUUCACCCUGCAUCCUCCAGGCCCAGAGGGAAGUCCAGAGGCUCUGAAAGCUUGACUUGCUGCCUGCCCACCAUGGAGACGAAGCUGCCCCCCGCAAGCACCCCCACCAGCCCCUCCUCCCCGGGGCUGUCGCCUGUGCCACCACCGGACAAAGUAGAUGGCUUCUCCCGACGUUCCCUCCGCAGGGCCCGGCCCCGCCGCUCCCAUAGCUCCUCUCAGUUUCGCUAUCAGAGCAACCAGCAAGAGCUCACGCCACUUCCCCUGCUUAAAGAUGUGCCAGCCUCUGAGCUGCAUGAGCUGUUGAGCCGGAAGCUGGCCCAGUGUGGAGUGGUGUUUGACUUCCUGGACUGUGUGGCCGACCUGAAGGGGAAGGAGGUAAAGCGGGCAGCACUCAACGAGCUGGUGGAGUGUGUGGGAAGCACUCGGGGCGUCCUCAUUGAGCCUGUCUACCCAGACAUCAUCCGCAUGAUCUCAGUGAAUAUCUUCCGGACCCUUCCCCCCAGUGAGAACCCUGAGUUUGACCCUGAAGAGGAUGAGCCAAACUUGGAGCCUUCAUGGCCACACCUGCAGCUGGUGUAUGAGUUUUUCCUGCGUUUCUUGGAGAGCCCAGACUUCCAGCCCUCUGUGGCCAAGAGAUAUGUGGAUCAAAAGUUUGUCCUGAUGCUCCUGGAGCUGUUUGACAGUGAGGAUCCCCGGGAGCGAGAGUACCUUAAGACCAUCUUGCACCGGGUCUACGGCAAGUUCCUGGGUCUCCGGGCCUACAUCCGAAAACAGUGCAAUCACAUCUUCCUCCGGUUCAUCUAUGAACUUGAGCACUUCAAUGGUGUGGCCGAGCUGCUGGAGAUCUUGGGAAGCAUCAUCAAUGGCUUUGCGCUGCCCCUGAAGACUGAGCACAAGCAGUUCCUGGUUCGAGUCCUGAUCCCCCUUCACUCCGUCAAGUCGCUGUCUGUCUUCCAUGCCCAGCUGGCCUACUGUGUGGUGCAGUUCCUGGAGAAGGAUGCUACCUUGACAGAGCAUGUGAUCCGGGGGCUGCUUAAAUAUUGGCCAAAAACCUGCACCCAGAAGGAGGUGAUGUUUCUGGGGGAGAUGGAAGAGAUUCUUGAUGUCAUCGAGCCCUCCCAGUUUGUAAAGAUCCAGGAGCCCCUCUUCAAGCAGGUGGCUCGCUGUGUCUCCAGCCCCCACUUCCAGGUUGCAGAGCGGGCUCUGUACUUCUGGAACAAUGAGUAUAUCCUGAGCCUCAUUGAGGACAACUGCCACACUGUGCUUCCUGCUGUGUUCGGGACCCUCUACCAAGUCUCCAAGGAGCACUGGAAUCAAACCAUCGUCUCUCUGAUCUACAAUGUGCUCAAGACCUUCAUGGAGAUGAAUGGGAAGCUGUUUGAUGAGCUCACGGCCUCAUACAAGCUGGAAAAGCAGCAGGAGCAGCAGAAAGCCCGGGAGCGCCAGGAGCUGUGGCAAGGAUUGGAGGAGCUGCGGCUGCGCAGACUACAGGGAACCCAGGGAGCCAGGGAGGCCCCCCUCCAGCGGCUCACACCACAGGCAGCCACUAGUGGGGGUCAGAGCUAGAGCCCCAGAAGGGGAGAAGCUGAGCCCAGAGCUUUCAGUCCCUCUGUCCCUUCUCCUGCCCAGGGGCCCAAGAGACACGCGUCUGGCCCUGGCCAGCCAGUGUGGGCAGCCUGCGCUGGGGAGACAAGAAGAUGCGAUGGUGGUCUUGGCAGCAGCACUCUUAGGCCCUGUGUUAAGAUGACCAGGGCAGGCACGACUGGGUAGCUGCUGUCAGGGCUCUGGCCUGGCCAUAGCGCUGAGCUCUGGGGGCAGCAGGCUCCCGCCCCUGCUCCAGCCCUGGCCCAGGGCUUGGGUGCAGAGCACCUCACCUGCCCUGCCUUGGGUGGGCCUCAAGUCCUUCCUCACCCCCACCAUGCGGCCUGGGGUCUAUUUAUUCUGCCCAGCUCACCCCCAACACAGACACUGACUGUCCUGGCCCUGGGGCAUCCUCCCUUCCACUCCCUUGCCCUGUCCUUCCUUGUCCCCUUUUUAUUUAUUGGGCAGGGGGAGGGGUGAGGGCACAGGCAAAGAAGAGAUUCACAGAGUCCUGGGGUGAGGGGGGUCACAGUAAUCACAGUCUAUCCUCUUCUCAUGCCUGGGGGUAGACUUAAUAAAGAGAGAAACUCAAGAA